UGUGGAGAUUGCGGAAGGCCAGGCUGUGGUCGCGGGCCUCGGGGUCCAUCCUCUCCCGGAUACCUGGAGCCCACUGUGCCCGCCCCUCACUUUCUAGUAGGCGGACUCAUGUCACUAAGAUUGGACCCCGCGAGCCGCCGUCGCUUAGUUGCUCUGACACAACCGCAGCAGGAAGUGCUACCGGAAGCUGCUGUGCCUCCGGUUGGGUCAGGAGCAAAUCUCCCUGACUGAGGUUCAAGGCUGAAAAAGACAAAAAUAAAGACCCUGGAUGCUUUACUGCGCCUGACACACCUCGCACAGCGCCCGCCGAGGAGGCGCUCGGAGGUCUGAAGAGGUUUGCUGCCUGUGGAGCAUAGCCACCUUCAGAGUGUGUGGUACUUGGCCACCGCAAUGCAUGGGAGAUUGCCGCUUCCACAGCUGCUCUUUGCUGCCGUCCUUGGAAUUGCUGGAGGGAUGUAUAUUUAUCAGCCAAUAUUUGAACAAUAUUCCAGAGAUCAGAAGGAAUUAAAAGAAAAGGUGAAAUUGUUGCAAGAAUCAGAAGAAAAGAGGAGCUAAUUAUGCAUAAACUGAAAUUGUAGACAUUGCUUAAAGUGAUAUUGAAAUAAUAUAUGGACUACUAACUAAUCUAGUAAGAAUUUAGGUGUGUUUUAAAUAAAUAAAUCAUGGGUAAUGGAUCUAAGUUA